AUGUCGACGACAUUUGCUCACCGACGUCUAUCACACGACUUCAUCUUCCGCGCCAGCCCACAACUACGACGAUGGAUGAGCGUUCGACCUCCAUCGCAGGACCCUGCGACGCCUCCAAUCCCUCGUAAAAAAGUCACGAUUCAAACGUUACAGGCUCUUCGCCAAUCUAAGACACCGAUUUCAAUGUUGACUGCGUACGAUUAUCCAUCCGCACUAGCAUGCUCGUCAUCACUGCUCACCGAUAUCACGCUGGUCGGCGAUUCGUUGGCGCAAGUAUGUCUCGGAUAUGCAUCGACGACACAACUCACAUUGUCCGAGAUGAUUCAUCAUGCAAAGGCCGCAGCACGGGGCACCACACAUCCAUUCCUCAUCGCCGAUAUGCCCUUUGGCACCUACCAUACGUCGGUACAGAAUGCCGUCGCCAAUGCUGUUCGGCUAGUUCAGGAGGGCAGAGUUGAAGGUGUCAAGCUUGAAGGUGGUCGCGAAAUAGCAGACGUGGUCCGACGGCUAACGGAUAUUGGGAUCCCGGUUAUGGCGCACGUUGGACUUCUUCCCCAAAGACACUGCGCGCUGUCGGGCUACAAGGUGCAAGGGAAAAGUGCAGAGGCCGCGAAGAAAGUUGUUACAGAUGCGUUGGCUCUUCAGGAGGCUGGCGCAUUUGCAGUUGUCGUCGAAGCCGUCCCGUUGGAGCUCGGAAAAUACAUCACGGACCGACUUAAAAUUCCGACAAUUGGAAUCGGAGCAGGUCCCCACACCAGUGGACAGGUCCUGGUGUACGACGAUGUAAUGGGCACAUGGUCAGGGCACAAAGCAAAAUUCGUUCGUCGUUUCGGGAAUAUGAAAGAGAUUCGUGACAAUGCAGUCCAGAGUUACGGCGAGGCAGUUAGGGAAGGGUCGUUCCCAGACCCACAAGCCGAAAGUUACACCAUGGACAAAAUCGAAUGGGCACGGUUCUUGGAGAACGAAAUUUCGGAGGACAUCCGGUAA